AUGGAGCCAGGCAAGCGCGGUGCCACUGAGCUGCACCCGGGCCGACUGUGUCCCUCCGAGAGAGCCGAGUACUGUCCCCUGGAGUGUGGCGGCCCUGGAUCCUGCAGUGGUGGCUGCUGUCCCAGUGGCGUUCACCGUGCCGGUCACGGGGUGCCCAGGGAGAGGCCCCAGCUGCUCACCAGCUUCCAAGGCACAGAAGUCACGACAGGCCAUCCAGAAGAGCCGCACCUGCCACCCACGGUGACACCCAGCCAGCCAAAGGAGGCACCCCAGGACUCGGGCAGCCGAGAGACCACCAGCUCCUCUGCCCUCACACUGGAGACCCCACAGCGGGGUCUGUCACUGCGCCCCCACGUCUGGCUGGCAGAGCGCGUGUUCCGUGGACAUAGCUGGUGUGUUGCUCCGUGGUACAGUACCCCGGGUCUGACUGCUGCCCUCUUCCCUGUGUUCUCUCGCUACCGCCACCCCCUCCGCCACUUCCUGGGGCUGUCCCAGCAGGGAACCCCCGCUUCGCUGGCAAGCCCGGGACGGAGGCUGCGCACUCCCGAGACAUCUGCACCAGCACCGCAGUUCUCCUCACGUGGCCUUCAGCAGGCCGACCGCCCUGGCUCCUCCUCAUCCUCCACCAGGGGCCUGCACAGGCCUCACCGUAUAGCCCGGCCCAGCCUGGAACUCACAGCGAUCCUCCAGCCUCGGCUCCUGAACGCACUCUCUGAACCCACCAGGUGGCCAGUCCUGCCAGAAGUGAGGGCGGCUGCCAUCCUGGGUGUCACCAUCACAUGGCCCAAGGACCGGCUAGCAGCUGCUGGUGACCGAGGAGAAGGGACAGGUGUCUGCAAGACAGCGGGGGGCCCUGCAGCCUCCCAGGAGCCAGGCUGUGAGGCCCCACCAUCAGGCAGCACCGCAGGGGACAGGGCCAGGACCGCCCUCCCUAGGGCUGUCACCCGCCACACCCAGGGAGGAGAGAGGCGGCUUUGUUCGGGGCUUCCGGGUCCUUGGCCCUCACAGGCACCUUGAGCAGACAGCAUGAGACCAGAUGGCCAGCCCCUCCCGGGACCAGUGACAAGGGGUGGCCUCUGGAAGCAAGCUAUCCACGGGGACCUGCUGGGGACCCAGAUGCGAGGAAGGGAGCCUCCUUGCCACACUGAGUAUUUUCCUCUGCUCAUAACUCUGCUAACAAAUAUGAUGUAUUCGGUGUUCUCAAAGCAGCCAUGACCCCUGCACCUGUUUUUAAAGGCCUUAGAAAGUUGUCCAGUUUAAUUAAUACAGUUUCCCACCCCCCAUUAAGACCACAGACACUCUCAGGUGUUGUGGCACACAUCUGUGAUCCCAGCACUCAAGAGGCUGAGGCAGGAGGCUUGCUGCAAA